UUGAUUUGCUAACAAAUUUUGGCAAUUCCUUCCCAUUGUAGUGCAAGUUUAUUUUUUUCUCUCCAAAGCUUGGCUGCUCAGGGGUCGCGACCAAAUUUUGGCAAAUUUAGCAAGCCGUGUGGGACAAAUUUGAAUGAAAUGAAACAGGCACAUGUUCAUGCCAGCAUCACUUGCAUAAUCACGCUCUAAGGCUUUAAGAUUACCGCCGAGCAAAUCAUCCCCGCAAAACAAAGGCGCCACAGCUUGCGCUUCGUUGCCACCUCCGAACUGACUCACACGGCCACGCCCCUUUGUCCUUUCCCCUUGCCUUUUUCGGCUCGGCUCGUCGCCUCCCCUCGUCACCCAUGGCCCGCCCCAGGAAGGCGAAGCCGCCGCUACCCUCGCCUCCCAAGUCGGCGGUGCCGUCCUUCGGCGAGGCGCUGCUGCUGGCCACGGUCUGCAUGGUGGGCCUGCACGUGGAGGUGCAGGUCCGCGACGGAUCCGCCUAUGCCGGCGUCCUCCACACCGCCUGCGUCGACGGCGGAUACGGUGUUGUGCUAAAGAAAGCAAAGAAGAUAGCAAACGGGAAGGGAUAUGCUAAUCUAUCGCUGGGAGCGUUUGUGGAUACUCUUGUUGUCCACCCAGAUGAUCUUGUUCAAGUGAUUGCAAAGGAUCUUUCACUCCCCAUUAAAGGUGUUUGUCGAACUCUUGAUUGCAAUGUGGUGACUGCCAGUGGAUCCUUGAAGCCUCAAACCUCACAUGCAAACGACCCGAAAAUGUCUAAAACUGAAAAUAUAUCUCCACUUCAACAGGUUGAGAAACGCGUCAAGGCUGGUCAGGAGAGUGAUACCUCUGUUAAGAAAAAUGCUCGAACGCGUGGUAGUGUUACGAGUGGUAGCUCUUCAACUGGACAUGUGGGGCCAUGUUUCUCCAUGAAUGGGGUUUCCAGUUCUGCAACUGGUGGGCAUAAAGUUGAUGUCAAUACAAGUUCAGCUGUAGCUGCGCCCAUGGUGACUUCAGAUAUUAAAGCCUCUCAACCAGCCAAUAAUUCAGCUACCAAAAUUGUCACAUCAAGCAAAACCACUGCUAAGGAAUUUAAACUCAAUCCUUGUGCAAAGGUCUUUUCUCCAUCUUUUGCAAGCUCUAGACAAGUAAUUGCAGCUGCACCCCCUGUUAACUCAAACUACAUCUCACACUCCUCCACUGAAGUUACAAUGGGCAUACCUGUAUAUGAGUCAAAAUCUGCGCCAGGCGGUUCAUAUCUAUCCAACAAGGUCCAUUAUAAUAACCUGUCUCCUGCAAACUAUGCCAUUUCACCUCAAUAUGUUCAGUCAAUCGUGGGGCAUAAUGCAGCCAGGCUAGAUCCAGCUAGAGUUGGUACACCAUACCAUCCCAUGCAGGUGGGAGCAACCUACACUAGCCCUAGUCCUCGGCCUGUGAUGGCUGGGAAGUUCAGUCCUCUUGUUUAUGUUCACCCAGUUUCUCAGGAUGCAAUGCAUGAAACAGCCGUUAUUACCCAAGGAUGGUCUCGCCCUGUAUUGUUGAACUCAUAUCAAGCUAGCUUGCAGAAGUUCCGAGGCAACGCCCCAGUGUAUGUGGCCCCUCCAGUCAUGGCAACUGGGAACCUGCCAUUGGUGGUACCAAGCCCUGCACCACUUGUGCAGCCUUUCCAGGCCAUUCAUCCCGUCAUGGUUCCUGCUGCAAACAGCAUGGUUCCAGGCAAAUACAUGUAAACUUGUCAUACCAAUUUGGCAUCUGCUUUUGUUGGAAGAAUCCUGGUUUACCCCUUUUCCUUUGGGGGUAUAGGUCUAAAAGGACUCGCGAUUUUGCUUAGUCAAUUCACUUAUCAGUUGCUGGUCUGCGUCCGUAUUUUAAUUGGAAGGGCUUGCAACUUUUGCCAUUCUUCAUGCUUGAUGUGGGUUUCUGAAUUAUUCUUUUAGAGGGUUUCAUGGGAGAGUAAUAUGAAAUAGAGAGAAGAUCGCAACAAUUCUUUGUUUUUGUCGUAGCAAUACCACUUCUUCCGAGAGCACCAUGUACAAUGUAACAUUGUAAAAGAUUAAGAUAGUGAAGGGCUUAUUUUCACAGGGUGAUUGUACAUCCAUUCUUGCAACUGUAACAGUUUAUGAUCGACACUCAUACUGAUGUCACUUUUGCUCUUUA